AUGCCGUUAAUGGCUGCUCUGGCCUCUCGAGCUGAAAAAUUCAGUAAAAACGAGAAAGCAAGUCACAAGUCGCUGGAUGUAAAAAAGAAAAUGUUUCUGCUCUGGAUAAAUUACAACAGUGCAGAUUCUUUCGAAGCACUCAGCCCACUGAGGCUAAUAACACUACUCCAGAGUAAGUAGUUUGUGAUAGCAUUCUGCGGGAGGGAUGGGGAAACUGUGAUGUUGAUGGAUUCCCAGUUCUCAUCAGCCCCAGACAGCAUGGCCAAUGGACGUUGAUGAUGUAGCUUAUCAACAUCUGGAGAAACAUGGGUUUGUCACCCUGGGUUAUUAAGAGUGCUACACUGUUGUGACAUCGGCAACACUUGUACCCCGGUGUGUAUUUUAAGCAGUGUUCGAAAUUAGCCAGGCGCCAGGAGCAUUUUGCACCUGGCUUUCAACCACUUGCAACCAAGUGAAGAUGCAUGGGUGCCAGGAAGGCGCCAUCUAGAGGUUUGCUUUUUCUGCUCAGCCUGAGCAGGAGCAGUCAGCAUUAAGAAAAAGAGAUUGGAAUAGGCCAAUAUAUAUGCGGACUGUCGCUGAAUCAAGUGACUUUUCUUCUUUUAAGUUCUCAAAGGUUGUCAUCUGAACUAGCCAGGUGUUAAACUGAGAAUCAAUCACAGUCAGUUCAUCAUUUGAAAAAUAAGACUUUAGAGCAGUCUUGCCCCCAAAUAGCAACUAGACAUUCCAUUUUGGCAACUGUAAACUUGGUUUAAGGAGCUAUUUGACACUUAGCUUAUAUACCUGAGUUUCUGACACUGAUUUUAAGAGCCCUCUAACUGUUUUCUUCCUCCAGAAGUAGCACAGUACAGUUUGGCAAAAUUGGCCAUGUGGUCUUCAUAAAGAAAAGAAAAAGUAUGAUGUGAGGGACCCAGCUUUCACAUUUGAUUUUAUUUUCCUUUAUUCAGUCUCACUUAUUACUCAUGCACAAAUUGGCAGGCUUUUAUAUUUAAAAUGCACAGCUUCCUUCCUUCCUCCACUCCCCAAUACAACAUAAAAAUGGAAGGGUGGGAGGGAAUCUGUGGCCCUCCAGAUGUUGCUGUACUACAACUCCUAUAAUCCCUGACUUGGACCGAUGGGAGCUGCAGUCCAACAACAUCUGAAGGGCCGCAGGUUCCCCAUCCCUGACCAUUCUUUUAUAUUCAAGCCCUGCUACACUUCAGGUUACAGACUCUGCUAACCCAGAAAUAUUACCUCUGGUUAAGUACUUUGCUUCAGGAUGAGAACAGAAAUCGCGCGGCGGUGACGUGGCGGCAGCGGGAGGCCCAAUUAGCUAAAGUGGUGCUUCAGGUUAAGAACAGUCUCAGGUUAAGAAUGGACCUCCGGAAUGAAUUAAGUACGUAACCAGAGGUACCACUGUAUAUGGUUUAGAUGCAGGAGGUCCCAGGUUCAGUCUCUGACAUCUUCAACUCUUAGGACCUUAGGAAGAAACAGUGUUGGGGAAGAUUGUCAAAGGUUUAGGAUUGUCAAAGAAGAUUGUCAAAGGUUUUAGGAAGAAACAGCGUUGGGGAAGAUUGCCUUAGACCUAAGAGCUGCCGGCAGAGUAGCCGAUACAGAUUGACCAAUAGCCUGAGAAUAUACAACAGUAUACAACAACUUCACAUUCCACAACUUCUUUGAAAUAAUAAAGAUUAUGUAUUUUAAAACACACACACAUAUGUAUGUAUAUCUAUUCACACACACACCACACAAAUACAUAAAAUCUUGGCCUACCAAACUAGCUGAAAUAUUGUGCAUUUACCCAAAUGGAGAAAAAAUUAUCUUUCUGAAUAUUUUAGCAAACAAAAUGAAAAUCCUUCAAGCACAAACAUUUUUAUAAUUAGUUUCUAGCAUGGUCAAUUACUAACUGGCUGCUAAUGCUGCUUAACAAUCCAUGUGCUAUUAAAAUUCAUUUCCAGUUGCAAUGUGUUUAUCACUGUCCCCAAUUCACCAAAGCACUUAACCUCAAGCAAGCAAGUUUUCCAGUUGAAGUAAAUGGGACUACUCAAGUGUUCACAGCUGGAACAGUUUUAAUUAUCUUGCUAAGGGCAGGCAAGUUUGCUAUCUUGCAUGACUGAUCCAUUAACAACUGCUAGAUUUGCACAGAUAACAGUACAAAAUUAGGCAGUGGGCAUCUCCUUCGACUUGGCAUUUAUGUAUGUAACCUUGAUUUGUGUGUAUAUGUGCAUGUGUGCCCUCAUGCCAGAUGACUUAAUCCGGGGUCCAAAGAUCAUCCAAUGGCUUUCAUAAGCCCAGUGGGAUUUUAAACAUUUCUUUUUACACAACAAAACGCUCCCACUGUGGAGCUUCCUCACUUUCAAAAGCAGUUUAUCAUGCUGUUAUGUUAAACAUACAAUAGCAUCAAUAUACAUGGCACUGUACAGAGUUUCACAGAUGGCAAGCCACUAAAGAGCUUAGAGUCUAAAUUUUGACUGUGGGUAAGUCAACAAAGGAAAGAGGAAGGAGAUACAAGAAAAAAUGCAAUCACAUCGACAUAGAAGGGAGGUUUAAAAGGUUAAGUCAGAGUUCCCCGUUGCUGUUCUAAGCUGACAAAAACGGCAUUGCAACUUUUGGAGGAGUGUGCAAUGGUAAAUGGGUAGCCACAUUCCAACUCACACUUCAGUCCAAAAGUUGCAGUAGUCCCAAAGACUUCCUUCCAGCAACUCCUCCAGCCAAGCAUUGCUCUGCUUUCCUUUGGACCACUUCAGUGAGGUCGAGGGGGGGCUUCUUAUCGUCUGAGCAGCCCAGGACCUCCAUACACACUGCCCAGGCUUGCACCCUGGGGAGGUCACUUCUGUGCUAAUAAUUGAGAGAUGCAUUUAUUUUUAAAAAUCAGAGAUUCUUAUGAAAGUGGAAUGGCAAUAUUGGUAAAAAAAAACAACCAACAACAUGCAAAAGUUACAUGUACUGGAGGUAGAUUUACCCAUUCUGAGUUGCAGAUGGUUUGUCUCUUGGUCAUUUUAUGGCUAAGGGAGGCAUUGGGGUGUCACGGCAUUAGAGCUUCUCCCUAGCUUUCUGAUAAGCCACAGCAGGGGAGAGUGCUUUUCGGCUUCCUCUGGGCAUCUGGUUGGCCACUGUGAGAACAGAAUGCUGGACUUCACGGGCCUGGUGACCUGAAGCAGCAGGCUUUUCUCAAUGUCUCAUUAAUUUCCUUACAGUGUCUGUGGCAAGGCCUGGGAAAAUGCCCCCGGAAAUGUGGUGCCAAGCACUACCCUAUGUAAUUCCUGGUUUGGUUUUAGCAGGAUUUAAUCAGCCAAG